CCCAUCUCAGACAGGCGCUUAAACAGGAGGAGUGUUGUCAUUUCCUUAAUAUAGGAACAUUGUGCGUGUCCACUUAUGUUUUCAUAAUCGUUUUGUUUUGUUGUGAUAUAUAUUUAACAAAUAUCAUUAGCUGAUUGACGCUUUGUAGACCGAAUGACUAGGUCGAUGAGUAUAACUUCGUACUGUUCUGUGCAGACGCCAUUUGAUUUGGCAAACUGAAAGUAGACUGGCAUUUGUGCAAAUCUUCACAGUUUCAUCAUUAAAGAAAUUUUCGCAAACUAUUUGAACACUUUUUAGCCAUGGAUACCAUUUGAAGCGAUACUUUUGAUUCAUAGAUAAAAGUGAGAAUGAUGAGACGAGGAAAACCAGUGGACCAUGUCGACAUUAAGGUUGUAUUGCUAGGGAAAGCGUUCGCUGGGAAGACCUGUCUGGUGCAGCGAUAUAUUCACCAAACCUACAAUGACACGCCAUAUUCUAACACUAUAGGUGCAGCGUUUGCAUCAAAGAAGCUGAUUUCCAAAGGAAAACAUGUAGUGAUGAAUGUUUGGGACACGGCUGGUAGUGAGCGAUACCAGUCGAUGAGUAAGAUCUACUAUAGGGGAGCGAGAGCAGCCAUACUGUGCUACGAUUUAACAGACAAGACUAGCUUUGAGAAAGUUCGAUUCUGGGUCGGUGAAUUACAGACUAAUGAGGAGAAUUGUCGGAUGUAUCUUUGUGGUACAAAGAAGGAUCUAAUAGACGAUGACCCAGAAUCUAGAGCAGUCAGUUUGAGUGUGGUGCAGUCACUAGCACAAGAUUUACAGUCGGACAUUUAUGAGACAUCCAGUGUGACAGGAGAAACUAUUGAUGAAAUGUUUGAUAAAAUUGCUGCAGAUUAUGUCAUAAAUAUGAAAAAUAUUCCUCCAACGACAGAAAAUGGAGCCGACGAGUCUGUGAUACUAAAUGAGUAUUCCCCACCUGUACACAGAUGGAGGUGUUCCCAGUGUUGACUGGCCUCCUUUGUUUCCUUGACCAGAUUUUUGUUGACAACGCUCUCAUCAGUGAUCAGUAAUGCAACAAUUUGAUAUCUCAAAAUUGUGGGAAAUGACACGAAAAUUCCUGCAUGAAAGGGAGGCUAUUUUUAUCGGUAUUUUGCCCAAUCUAAAUGCCAUAUAAAGUAUUUUGUGAUUGAAAUAUUUUUUUCUGAUAUGCAUGUACAUCCAGCAUGCUUUUGCAUUUGUCAGCAUUUGAGAAAUUUCCGGCGCAAAGAAACAGGAUUCCAUGAUAGUUCAGAUGUAUAUACAUGUUAGGUUCUAUGUUCUCAUUGUUAUUUUUUGUUAUAUAUCACAAGGUACAUACAAUGUCGAUGAAGGUCAAAUGAUCAUGAAGGACGUCGCUACCUGAUAAACCAAAUUAGGAUCAUGUUGUUCUGUAUGUGUUUUAUUUUUUAUUUUUUUAUCAAAAGUAUUUGCCAAGGAUAUAAUCGGUUUUGUGUAAUUGAUAUAUUUAUGAUGGUAACAUUUUCAAUUUGAAAAUAUACAAAAUAUUUUUUCGAUAACAACAGAAAGAGUAAUAAAGAGACUUUGUAGUAGUUAAUAUUUCAUCAUUGAGCUAGCACAGUGUAAUUCCAGUGUCUGUUUCAGUACUCGGCUAACACGAGACCAUGCAAUCUGGCCUUUCAUGGUGUUUCCUUAUUUUAUUGUUAACUGGCCAUAACAACUUUGAUCAAGACAGAACUGAUUUAUUUUAUGAUAUAUAUUAUUUUAUGAUAUAUAUUAUUUUAUGAUAUAUAUUAUUUUAUGAUUCACUUCCUGUUAGUUUCACGAUUCUGUGUUGUAUUAUACUACUUCACACCUUAUGCUGAUGAUUGUAACAAAAAAAUCAUAUUUUAGCGCUUUUUGUGUUUUCGACAUGAGCUAAAUAAGGACUGUGCCAAAUGUUGGAGUUCCUUUAGAUAAAGCGCUAAAAUAAGUAUUUUUACAGUAAAUAAGAACAUACCAAGUAUAGGUCUUGAUGAAACCUCGAAACAUAGAGGCGAAACUAGUCGGCCAAUAAAUAAGUACCAACUUACUGGUGUCUCUUGAGCAUGUUGUGAUUAAUACCCUUCUAAUUAUAUGGUCAUAUUUCAUCAAUUGCCCUGCAUACCUUGGGUAUCCAUACCCAAGCGCAGCACCCCACUGAACAACCUACCUACUUUUGGACUGACGUUGGUUCUAAUCCUUUUUUUAAGUAUAGUAGAAAGAUUAAUUUUCAUUAAAAGUUACAAAUCAUUACUGCACAUAUUUAACUUGAAGACUAUUUACAUAAUGGUGAUUUUUGGAAGAACAUUAUAUCAUUAAAGGGAAUUACUAUAAGUCGUUGAACAUUCACAGAUGUUUGACACGAUCAGUGCAGGAGAGCGUGGAGCAGCCUUACUCUACUAGGUAAUCCCCUUUAGUACCUCCAUGUAGGUGGAGGUGUCCUAUUGAUAUAUAGAGGGUAUUGAAGGGCUUCCCAUUGAAUACCAUGUAUAUUUGAUAGAUAGGGCAGAAUACCAAUAUUUUUUCACAAGUGCAUACAUAGUACAAGUGAAAUUAUUUGUACAUUUUGUAUAUUGUUCCAUAGUGGGUGAAAUAUAUAUGUUAUUUGACCGGAAAACCAUAAAAAAUUCUAUUUCUUACGUUUUUAAAAGCAAAUGAUGAAAAUAUUGCUGCAUAAAGAAGUGUGGGAAUUAGUAAAGUAAUAUUUGAUGCAAGGCUCUAAUGAUGUCAAACAAGUCUGUGAACCAUUCUGAAUGGGCUACAUGCUACGGUUUUCUGCUAUUAAGAAAAGUAAGAGUUGCUUACAAAAAUAUUAUCAAUUAUGCAGGUAUGUUAAUAACGUAAACCUUAGUGCAUGUCCCAAAGAUGAACAAAAGCAACCACUUAUUCUACCAUCCCUUCAUACACAGCUGGACAGAAUAUCUGAGGCAGUACAUUGUAAGUAGAAAAUACCAUUCGAUAUCUGGUCUUUUCAAAAUCAUUACUAGACCUUAUAUCAUCACAUUUGAAGAUAUAACAUUUCCUUCAUCUUAAUUACUGCAGUGAAGAUCUAAGAGCAUGCCUCCCUUGUGUGUGUGGAAUCUAUGAGCGUGUGGUCAGUAUCACACUAUGGACUGUGGAGGUGAUAUAUAAGUGAGCUGGGUUAAUUAAGAGAUCUAGAGUGGGAGGAUACUUGGAGUAUAGUCUAGUCACCUUGUGAUAAACCACAAACCAGGCUGAAUCAUAUUCAAGUACAUAUAUAUACAGAUAUAUUAUAGGUGUAGACAUUUCUUGUUUUUUAGUGACACAUUGUUUUAGUCAAUGUCAUUCAUUUUGGGUUCGGGUUCAAGUGUUAGUGCAAUUCCACCUCCUGAUAGUCAGACUUUGUUUUGUUUACUUGUAGGAAGUGUAUUGGAAUGUUUGUCAUAAGGAUUUAAAAUUCCUCUUCUCCUCUUUAUGGUCAAAAACAAAUAUAAUUUAAAAAUUCCUCUUUUUGGAAGGAUGGAGGAAACUGUAGUGCUUCAUAUGUAGUGCAGGUUUUAUCUUUGUAAAAAACAACCCAAUGGAAAUUUAUUGUCCAUCUGAUGAAUGUAGAUUACGAUGUUAUUUAAGGGUGUUGGCACUUUUACGAAAUUUAAACCUAGCAAAUUUGAUCCAGGACUGAAACUGUAAAACUAAAGAACUAUGUUAGUUACAUGUCAGUUAAACAUCACUUCCGCAAGCUACUACAUAGUAUGUGUUUGGGUAACUUAUGUGAUCAAAGAAUGAUUCUCAAGUUGUGAACCUUUUUGAUAAAUGUGUUGGAUAGCGCCCAUGUAAAUGUUGCUUCAUUGACUUUAAUAUUGUCAGAGAUAUAAAUCGUUUUAUUUGUAAUCAUUUAAAAUUUAUAAUCAAACCUUGAAACCAAAUUUUUCUUUUAUAAAUAAAGACAGUAAACUUAUGUAUUUCAAUAGAAUCACGAGUGUGAUAAUGGAGUAUUCUGUUUUAAUUGAAAAAACAUGUUAUGUUGUAUAUACUAAAACUACUGUCAGUGUAAAUGAAGAGUUCUGCAAUAUGAUUUAUGUGGGUUUACAAUUGAUGUUGAAAAUAUUUUUGUCUUUGAUGUGUUUAUCUUUGCUCUGUUUUACUUAUGAACAAGAAUUAAGGAACUGGACAUGACUUCCUGUUUAGUUUGUGAAGUUCCUGAGUCUGUUACCUUGAUGUUAUAUCAAUAAAGUCAUAUUUUCCGAAUUUUUGUAUAAAUGAAGAUUUUUAAUGAAUAAAAAAUCAUAUUAAAC